UGUUGUUGUUAUUAUUAUUAACAGAAAAUGUCUUUUGAGUGUGUCUCAUCGUCGUCCCACGUGGCAGUUGAGAUAACAUCGAGAAAAGUUCUGGUUCUUCUCAAACCAAAACCAUCCAUGGCGGUCCCUGCUUCAUCCUCAGCUCCUGGUCUUCGAGGCAUCCACACAAACCGCACCUUCUCUUCCUCAUUCCGCUACCAACGCUCAUUUCCCACUCCCACCACCAACAAACCUCUUACCGUCCUCGCCAUGGCUCCCAUAAAGAAGGUGAACAAGUACGACAAUAACUGGAAGAAGGAAUGGUUCGGAGCUGGGAUCUUCUACGAAGGAAGCGAAGAAGUGAAGGUGGACGUGUUCAAGGAGCUCGAGAAGAGAAAAGUGUUGAGCAAUGUUGAGAAGGCAGGGUUGCUGUCCAAAGCGGAGGAGUUAGGGUUUACGCUCUCUUCAAUUGAGAAGCUUGGUGUGUUUUCCAAGGCUGAGGACCUUGGCUUGCUCAGCUUGUUAGAGAAAGCGACUACCUUUUCUCCUUCCCUGUUGGCCUCCGCGGCGCUUCCGUUUCUCGUGGCUGCCCUCGCCGCGAUUGUUCUUAUCCCCGAUGACUCCGCCGCCCUCGUCACCGUUCGGGCGGUUGUCGCCGCCGCACUUGGCGUCGGGGCUGUUGGGUUGCUUGUUGGGUCUGUUGUAAUAGGCGGAUUGCAGGAAGCUGAUUGAUUGAAUAGAAAAUAUCAGAUGGAUUAGUGUCAAUCUAAUUUUGGAAUUUUAUUUUAUUUUUUGUCUC